UAAUAUAAACGUUUUACAGCUGCAAGCACGGAACCAAUCACUUCAAUCAUUUACACUUUGGUAUUCUCAGCUCCACUUCCCUCCGCCCGUGAUGGAGGCGGCGCCGCUUCUUAAUCGGAGCUCCGGCGAGUUGCAGCUUUUCGAAGAUGAUGGCGAUUAUCUCCCAAUAAGAGGGCUGAAACCAUGGUGGAGAGUUUUCUGCGUAGAGACUGCGAAACUAUGGAAAAUCGGUGGCCCAAUAGCCUUUCAAAUUCUUUGUCAAUUCGGAAGUGGGUCUGUCACCACCAUGUUUGUUGGCCACCUUGGAGAUAUCGAACUCUCCGCCUUCUCUAUUGCUCUGUCCGUUGUCGGCACCUUCGCAUUCGGUCUCCUGCUCGGUAUGGGGAGUGCCCUUGAGACGCUAUGUGGUCAGGCAUUUGGUGCUGGACAAAUUCAUAUGCUUGGAAUAUACAUGCAACGCUCGAUAAUAAUCCUAUUCGCCACAUGUGUUCUCCUUUUGCCACUCUAUGUGUUUGCAACCCCAAUUCUGAAACUGCUUGGACAAGAGGACGCCAUAGCAAAUCCCGCAGGAUUAUAUACACUUUUGAUUGCCCCUCAAUUGUUUUCCCUCUCUGUCACUUUUCCGACUCAGAAGUUUCUUCAAGCCCAGAGCAAAGUCCUCGUGCUUGCUUGGAUCGCAGCUUUUGCAUUGGUUUCACAAACUUUUCUAUGUUGGCUAUUUAUUUAUGUAUUCGGCUGGGGAACAAUCGGUGCAUCUGUAGCAUUCGACCUUACAAGUUGGGUCACGGCCUUUGCACAAUUUGGUUAUGUGGUUGGUUGGUGCAAGGAUGGUUGGAAGGGAUUUUCAUGGGCAGCAUUUAAAGAUUUAUGGGCCUUUGUGAGACUCUCCCUUGCAUCUGCAGUCAUGCUAUGCCUCGAGAUAUGGUACAUGAUGAGUAUUGUUGUACUAGCUGGAAAUUUUGACAAUGCCGUAACUGCAGUUGGUUCCCUUACCAUUUGCACGAACAUUGAUGGGUGGGAAAGCAUGUUGUUUAUUGGAGUCAAUGCUGCUAUAAGCGUUCGAGUCUCGAAUGAGCUUGGCUUAGGACAUCCAAGAGCAACCAAAUAUGCUGUCUAUGUCACAGUCUUUCAGUCACUCUUGAUUGGGAUUUUGUGCAUGAUUAUUGUCUUAGCUUCAAGAAAUCAUUUUGCCAUUAUUUUUACUCAUAGCGAACCUAUGCAACGUGCUGUUGCUCGCCUUUCGGUUUUCCUUGGAGUUACAAUGCUUCUCAAUGGUGUCCAACCAGUUAUAUCAGGUGUUGCCAUUGGAGGUGGGUGGCAAGCCCUGGUAGCUUACAUUAACUUGGCUUGCUAUUAUGUCUUUGGUCUUCCUUUCGGAUAUUUUCUUGGCUAUGUGGCUAAUUUUGGAGUGAUGGGACUAUGGGGUGGCAUGAUAGCUGGAGUAGGUCUGCAGACCUUGCUCCUGCUGCUGGUACUUUAUAAAACCAACUGGAACAAGGAGGUUGAGCAAACAACAAAGCGCAUGCAGAAGUGGGGAGGGCAAAAUGUAACGGAGAAAUCACAAGGUGAUCAGCUUCCAUCAAAACAUGGAAUUACUUAAAGGUUAAAACUCUUAUAUAAACACUUGGACAGUUGAAAUAUUAUUUUCUAUUUAUCAACUAAAUUUCGUUUAAAAUUUUGGGAGGACGCUUCAAGCUUAGUUCGAUGUGGUUUGAUCACUGUAUGAUGUUAAAACUUUGCUGCACACUGUCUUCUAAAGUCUUGCUACAUAAACAUACAUACGUAAUGCUGUGAUGAUCCGUUUAACAACUUA